UACUGAGCAAUAAAUUUAAUAAAUCAUGAUAUAAAGAUAUGAUCCUCCGCGCCGCUUCACCUUUCAUGAACACCACAAUUCCUAGUCUUCUGCAACCGUGCUCCACUCCUCUUUCCACAGUUUUUUCCUCUUCAUUAUCAUGGAAACCUCUCUCUCUUUGCUUUCCCACAGUCAAAGCAUCGCCAUCGGUGGAAAAGAAGGCUACCUUUGCGAGCAGGCGCCCUGGAUUUUACAGGGAUUCAAAUGCAGAGGACAACAAGUUCAGAGAAGCCACAACGUCGUGGUGGUCUCCUUCCUCUGAUGAUUUGGACUCGGAUGAUGAAGAUGAAGAGGAGGAUGAUGUUUUUGAGCAGCCAUGGGAAAGCUUUGGAAUCAUCAAGGUAUUCAGAGCAUUUGGCUGGAUGCUACCAGCUAUUAUCUUAUCCAUGUUGCUUGCAACAGGACCCAAGGCCUUUCUCAUGGCCAUGGCACUCCCCCUUUCUCAGACUGCCCUCUCUUUUGCAGUGGAUAAGCUAUGGGGGAAAAACCAAGUGAAUUCUAGAUCUAAACCCCGAUCGAGGAGCCCUAGAUCAAGGCCCUUCUCCACAUCCACCACCUCCAGUUCCAAUUAUGCCAACCGAGAACAUGUAACAAGUGAAAUGAAAGAAAAAAGUGAAGCAGGGGGGGAUGAGUCUUGGGGCCCGGAAGGUUCAUGUCAAGGUGGGCAGCGGAGGCAAAGAUUUGGUGGUUGGGAAGAUUUGGAAAACGAACCAGCAGCAAAACCUCCACCUCAAAAAAAAGUUGUGCCCCUAAAUGCACAAAAGAAGACCAAGUUUGUGAGAAGGGUGGGGAACAGGGAAGUGCCAUUGCUUUGGAGGUUGCUGGUAGCAGUCUUCCCAUUUCUUGGUUCAUGGGGAAAGAUCUUUUGAUGCAAUGGAUACCAUUGAUAUUUAGCCCCAAAGCCAUUAUUUGCAUGAGCUUGGGUAUGUAUUAUAAAAUAUUUGUAUUUAACAAUCAAUAGAUGAGGAUUCGUAUAUUUUACAUGAUUUGGUCUUUUAAGUAUUUUGAGGCCAUUGUUUUGGUGCUCUCAAUCACUGAUUCCUUACUCUACAUGUAUCUAGAUACGUGUUCUGUCUUCCUUUCGACAAGAACAGCGAGCUGUGCAUGGCUGAAAAUGAUAUAUAAGAUUGUUUCUUA